AGAGAGAGAGGACGGUGUUUUAUCAGCCAAGUGCAGCCUGAAUCGUGAGGAGCGGACGAUGGGGGGAAAAAAAUCCCACUCUUGUUUCUUUUUCUCCAGCAUCACCGUCAUUAACAUGUAGACCGGCGCGCGUCAAAAGACCCGGAGCGUAAUGGUCUCUUCUGUCACAGGAGAAUAUCAUUCUUGUCAUAGUUGUGAAUGAAAAGAAAAACAUUUUGGAUUAACGGCGCACUUGUUUUGGACUAAAGAAGGCUUUCCUGAGAUUGUUUCCGCGCGUGUGUAAACGUUGGACCGCAUUUAACCUGAGUUUCUACCCUCUGGAGUGAAAAGUGCGCCAGUCUCAUUUCCCAGGCUUAUUUCCAACGCUUGAGCGUCGGGAUUUUUAAAAAUUACUAUUAUUUUUAUUUCGAAUGGGGGGGAAGCUAUGUGGCUUUUGGAAGGAAUGGACCUUAUCCUAACGGGACGUAACGCACAGAGGAAUAUUGUCUGAGGUGUGGAGGACAAAAAAAGCAGCGAGUGGGAUCCUUCUUUUCACGAGGACAGACUUUGGACUUGACUCGAAGGAUUUCAAGUCAGAUUGUCACAAACGCUGGACUUCUACUCCUGCUUCCGCUACUGUGAAAGGCAGUAUGCCCGCCCCCAAAAUGAUGGAAACCCUCAUCACUGACUGGCUAGUCUACCUGCUGAGAAGUGGUGCUUAAAGAUGAAAUCUUUACUGUUUUCUUCUUCACUGCAUUGGCUCUUGACAGGACCUUUCUGAGGAAUAUUUUCUACAUUGUGAGGAAUAUUUCUUAGAUUCCCCUUCACCAAGCUGGAGGCAGCUGAUGGCUGCUACAUUUCCACUGGAUGGUUUGCACUGCCUGGGUUUGAAACAGGAUCAUUAGCAACCGCGACUAUCGUCUGCUCCGGAGUUUACCCACUUGCUUAUGCCCGUGUGUGAAUGUGAUUGUGUGUUUGUGUUUGCAUCUGCAUGGCAUAAGUGAGAGACAUAAAGUAAGGAUUUUUUUCUUUUUACUCAGAGAAGACAAGAAAACACGCAGCAAACAAGUUGAAAACGAGGAGUAGCAGCCAUGUCCCAGUGGAGGCACCAUCCGAGGACUGGUUGUCAGCUACUUCAAACUGCCAAGAGCGGGAGUAGGAGGAUGGGUUGUGUAGGGCUUGAAGGUUCCUUAAACGCCUGUUGGUGGAUGUCCACUCUAAUAUGGCUGGGACUGCUGCUUCUUCAGACGUGUCCGUCUGCCGUGUCGGCUCAGAAACUCGAUGAGACCGACCCGGUGGUCACCAUCACCACUGGCAAGCUGCGUGGCAUCAAGAAAGAACUCAACAAUGAGAUCCUGGGUCCUGUUGUACAGUUUCUGGGAGUCCCGUAUGCGGCUCCACCCACAGGCGAGCGCCGCUUUCAGCCACCCGAGCCGCCGCUGUCGUGGCCGGACGUCCGCAACGCCACACACUUUGCCCCGGUGUGUCCUCAGAGCAUUGUGGAGGGCCGCCUGCCGGACGUCAUGCUGCCAGUGUGGUUUACCAACAGCAUUGACGUGGUGUCCACUUACGUCCAGGAUCAGAGCGAGGACUGCCUCUAUCUAAACAUCUACGUCCCCACUGAGGAUGUCAAAAGAAUAUCCAAGGAAUGUGCCAGGAAACCGGGCAAGAAAAUAUGUAGACAAGGAGGUCCCCUUACAAAGAAACACACUGAUGAUUUAGGUGAUAGUGACCGCACGGACGACGAAGACAUUAGGGAGAGUGGAAGCCCCAAACCGGUGAUGGUUUUCAUCCACGGGGGCUCCUACAUGGAAGGAACUGGGAAUAUGUUUGAUGGCAGCAUCCUGGCCAGCUAUGGAAAUGUGAUUGUCAUAACUGUCAACUACCGGCUGGGCGUCCUAGGGUUCCUGAGUACAGGUGACCAGGCAGCCAAAGGGAAUUAUGGUUUGUUGGAUCAAAUCCAAGCUCUGCGUUGGACCAGUGAGAACAUUGCAGCUUUCGGCGGCGACCCGUUACGUAUCACUGUGUUUGGCUCAGGCGCUGGAGCUUCCUGUGUGAACCUUCUCACGCUGUCUCACUACUCUGAGGGCAACCGCUGGAGCAAUUCCACCAAAGGCCUGUUCCAGAGAGCCAUCGCCCAGAGUGGCACAGCUCUGUCUAGCUGGGCCGUCAGCUUUCAGCCAGCCAAGUACGCACGGAUGCUGGCCCGUAAGGUGGGCUGUAACCUGGAGGACACUGUAGACCUUGUGGCGUGCCUGCAGAGAAAGCAUUACAAGGAGCUUGUGGAUCAAGACAUCCAGCCUGCUCGCUAUCACAUUGCCUUUGGCCCUGUUAUUGAUGGAGACGUUAUACCCGAUGACCCUCAGAUACUGAUGGAGCAAGGUGAGUUCCUCAACUAUGAUAUAAUGCUGGGAGUGAACCAGGGCGAGGGCCUAAAGUUUGUGGAACUUAUUGUGGACAAUGAAAACGGCGUACAGGCCAAUGACUUUGACUACGCCGUAUCCAGCUUUGUGGAUGAUCUCUAUGGUUAUCCAGAGGGCAAAGACAUCCUCCGAGAAACCAUCAAGUUUAUGUACACCGACUGGGCUGACAGGCACAACCCAGAGACGCGCCGGAAGACGCUAUUGGCCCUUUUCACCGAUCACCAGUGGGUGGCACCAGCUGUUGCCACAGCUGACCUGCACUCCAGUUUUGGGUCGCCAACCUACUUUUAUGCCUUCUACCACCACUGUCAGACAGAACAGGUACCGCCGUGGGCAGACGCAGCACAUGGAGAUGAGAUCCCAUAUGUGUUUGGGCUUCCCAUGAUUGGACCAACAGAGCUGUUUCCCUGCAACUUCUCCAAGAACGACGUGAUGCUCAGUGCUGUGGUCAUGACCUACUGGACAAACUUUGCCAAGACGGGGGAUCCAAACCAGCCGGUCCCCCAGGACACCAAGUUCAUCCACACCAAGCCCAAUCGUUUUGAAGAAGUUGCAUGGACACGCUACAACCAGAAAGACCAGCUUUACCUACACAUUGGCCUGAAGCCCCGGGUCAAAGAGCACUACCGUGCCAACAAGGUCAACUUGUGGUUGGAGUUGGUUCCUCAUCUGCACAGCCUCAAUGAGGUCACCCAGCUCAUCCCCACCACCACCAAGAUCCCUCCACCAGAAGCGACCAACCGCACACCAAAGACCAAAGUGUUGGUGACCAAGCGCCCGAACCCGACUCCGUUCCCCACCGAGACCCAGGACAGCCAAAACCAACCACAUCUGGUGGACCAGCGUGACUACUCCACUGAGCUGUCGGUGACCAUCGCUGUGGGAGCCUCCCUGCUGUUCCUCAACAUUCUGGCCUUUGCCGCACUUUACUAUAAAAAGGACAAGCGCCGGCAUGACGUCCACAGACGCUGCAGCCCCCAGCGAAGCGCCGCCAAUGACCUGGCCCACACUCAGGAGGAGGAGAUCAUGUCCCUGCAGAUGAAGCAGCACUCGGACCUGGACCGGGAUUGCAGGGGUGUGGGCGACUCUCUGCACCCGCACGAUGUGGUGCUGAGAACUGCCUGCCCACCGGACUACACUCUGGCCAUGAGGCGCUCGCCGGAUGACAUCCCACUCAUGACGCCAAACACCAUAACCAUGAUCCCCAGCACCAUGGGAGGGCUCACCUCACUCCACUCUUUCAACACCUUCCCCAGCAGCGGGCAGAAUAAUACCCUGCCCCACCCGCACCCACACUCACACUCCACCACCCGGGUAUAGCCCUGUGGAUGCACCCAUGCAGGCAGGACUCUGAUGGCUGAGGCAAAAAAGCUUACGCCGUUGCUGCAGCGGAGACUUAAGGCCAAUUUGCUGACCAAUACAAAUAUGUCAGAAGCUGAAACGCCAGCCUGGAGUUGCCAGACACCCAUGGAAUUACACUGGGAUUGUACGACACCCUGUUAAUACCUGCAGGAAUAUAUUCAAGGGUUUCUGAGGGUUUGGACCAGAGGAAAAAAACAAAAAAAAAGAAUAAUUAUGUUUUUGUACAAAAAUUAAAGACAAGAAGAAAAAAAUGCAUAUAAAGAGAUGAAGAAAAACAACCUCAUGAGCUCAAACAAGGAGGAGGAUGUUUUUUUUUAUUGUUAUUAUUAUUUUUGUUCUGAUAUUGCAGCAAAACAAGGUACAGUGAAAUACGUUUUCUUUCUAGCGACAGAUAUGGCCUUUGGGAUCUUUUGACAAAUGACUGCUUGACAGUAUUAUCUGGAAGCAGAACAGAGCAUCAGACACGCCUUGGAGGUGAGAAGAGGGGAGCACUUUGUAAAAGAAAGAAAAGAGAUUGUUUUCCUUUGGCAUCACACUGCAGAUUUCUCUGUUUGUGGGGCACAAAGUAGAUGCCAUGCAAACCAAUUUAGGCAUGUUUUAACAUCAUAAAUGGAGGCUAUGUAAGAUAAGGCAAAAACGAUUGUUGCAAAGAGCAAAGGAAGGAUGGAAAACUUCAAGAAAAAGAAACCCUGUAUGCACAACAGAACCAUUUUGAGGGAAAAAAAAAUCUUGCAAAUACUUUUCAUCCAUUUAUUUUUGAGGACUGGGAACAAUUUUAUUGUAUAGAACCUAUUUACAUAUCUAGAUCUGUACACUAAGCACCAAGGCUGUUUAAGCCCUCUUCUCUUGGGAGGGGCGUCCAUACUGCAAACCUGCCAGCAGGACAGAACCAGUGGAGAUGGGGAUCCACCGACUGGCGUUCUGGCAGUUCCAACUUCAACACAGAGAGCUGGGGGACAAAGGAUAAUUGGAUAUUUUAGCACGAUGCGCAUGACAAUUUAUCUGCUUGAUGGCUGCUCUGCUGAUUAUGUCAUUAUUAAGAAUAAUUUUCACCCUCUCCCUUGCAUUGGAGAAAUUUCAGACAUACUUCCUGAUUGGAUUACAGGAAAACACACACCCUUGCAGGACCAUGGGAAAAUACAGUUCCAGGUUGUGGAUGUUUGGGGGCUGGAGUUGGGGGCAGAAAGGGGAGGGGGAUGGGGAUAUGGUAAAACUUUCUUGCAUAGCAUAAUAUAGCUUGAGUGGAGCUGGGUAUAUAAGGACUAGUUUUGUACUCUGUGUGUUGGUACUACUUUUUGAUAGUGGUUAAAUCACAUUACACUGUAUCAAUCAAACUCAUUGUACCUUCAGUUGAGAUCAGUGUUCUUUGCUAUUCUACCUAUUGGACCACUAUACCAUAUAGAAGUAAUUACCUGCACUGUUUAUUCCAUUUGCCCUUUUUUAUUUUCUUUUAACUGGGGGGUGUGUUGACUGUUUCAGAUAGUGGAGAGUGAAAAAUACAGUGGACGAGUGAAUCUCUGGGCUAUGAAGAUUUUCUUUUUUGUUUAUCCAACCUGGCUCUGUAGCCCUGUUUAAAACAUGAAUGCCUAUACAUGACAAAUACAAGUCAAAGCCAAGCACAGACAGAUCACACUGGAUGGAAAUGCACAGUGGGUGGGUGAAAGGAAGCACUAGGAUCAGGGUAGGUCAUUUCCCAUGGUACGGUUUGCAUCUAUUUUUUUUUCUUUCGCCAAGGUUUGCCCAUACUAGGAGGUAUAAAUGUAUAUGAAGGAUGCAGAAAAGGCCUCUCAUUGAUGCUGAGACCCACAUUUCCCCUUCUUUGCCUCAUUUGAAAGAGCUAAUACUUUCCUUUCUUUCUUUCUUUUUUCUAACGUGGAUUCUCUACUGUCUCAUCGCUUAAGCCGAGGUGACAGUUUGGGCUGUUUAGCAAAACAGCUCCUCUCACAUGCCCACCAUCUUCAGUUGCCUGUCUCCUGCAAGGCUGUCUGCCAUUGCUAACAUCUUUAGGUCAGUGAAGCCUCAGCAGCUAACAAUGUUAGCCACUAGAGUAGAAAUGAGUCAUGCAACAAAGCAGGCUGCAGUCGAAUCCUGUCGCUUAAGAGGCUGGAGCCACUGUGGGGGUAAAGUGGUGAUCUUCAAAACAGACAGAGAGAGGAAUAUCACAGAUGGCAAGCCCAUUGUGCUCGGAUAUAGAAAUCUGUCUGCUACCGCAGAGAUGCUAUUUGGUAAGCUGAAACGCUUGUCUCCCUGUUUUCCUUUCACUGAAAUAUAGAUGUGUGCAGGCCUCUGUUGUGAGACUACAUCCUGCCCCUCUCCACACUCUGCAGUCAUUCAAAACGAGUGCAGACUACUGUUACCCUGUAUAACAUUGCAGCAGACAAGCUGAAUGGAAAAUCUUCUCUGUCAGAGGGAGCGUUGCUUUUUGGAAUAUGAUUUAAAUUGAGUAAACUAAUUAUAUGUUUGCUCCAGAUUGGUUCCCCGGAUGAAAUGAGCAGCCAGAGCUUGAUCUGGGAUUUAAACAAAGGAAAGAUUCCAAGGCUAUUAUCACACAUCAUCCUCGCAGGCCAGGGACUUCUUUAAUACCUUUCUUUGAAACACAUGCCAACAACAUAAAAAAAGGGUGAAAUUUAGGAUCUGGGGAAAAUCUGUCCUGUAGGUCUGCUGGCAGUGUAUCAACAAAUCAUGAGCUUUGUAGCUUUAGCGCUAAGCUUGCCCGUUGCUGAUUGUAGACUCACAUGCAUUCAAGCAUUGUCACAUAGGACAAUGUGUUACGUAAUUAGGGUUUUCAACAUUUUGGUAUCUGCACAAUAUAUUGUAUAUCGGCAACCCCUUGUGAUUGCCUGUACUUGGAAUCAAGAUUUAUUAGACCCAUAUAAAAAGCAACAUGGCCCUGCUUUUGUAACUCAGUGGCUGAAAUACAUUUCACAAGAUGUGGAUGUGAUGCUUGGAAAAAAAAAGUCAGAUGCUGAUUAUAGCUGGCAGUGGGUGUUGAGAACAUUUUUGUGAAUGCAAAAACCACUUUUGUGCUAAACAGCAUUGCGGCCACGAAGGUCUUCAUACAUAGAGCGUUAGUUUAAAAUAUACAACAGGUCAGCUCUGUUGGAUCAGACUUAUGACCCCAAUAAUGGCCCCAACCCAGACUCAAAGACUAACACGACACCUGGGAUGCCUCUUGAGGAAAAGGACUAGCAUGUAGUGAAUUACUUUGUCACCCGAUGGAAAACCUCCAGGAUGCAAACGGCAAAAGAGGAAUGUUUCAUUUUUUAGUGAACCCAACAAUUUGACUGUCAUCGUCCGAUCAGGAGCGUUACAUCAAAUAGAUGACCCCUGCCGAUGAGACAUCACCCUUUGCACACAUGCUGCUGUGGAAAUAAACAUGCUUUGCUACUGAGUGGAAUGGAAAAAGCCGGACCAAUAUGGUUCCAGUCACUUUCAUUCAUAAAUCUGUGUUUUCUAUAAACAUUUAUCAUUGCUGUAGGCUAUAAUUGGUGGAUCCUCCAUGUAAUUUGCCAUAGCCAAGUCACAGCUACAACUCUACAGUCACAUCAACUGAUCAUCUUAAAAGAGGAAAAAAAAAAUAUAUAUUCAGAGGCAUUUCACAUUAAUUCAUUUUAGAUCCACUAAAAAUCAUUUUGACGUAUCUGCACUUUUGGCGCUACAAAACCCUUUCAGCUCUUGGAUUGCAAAAUUGCAGUAGAUUGAAUAAUUAAGAACAAUUUUUCAGGUCUCGUCAUAUAAUUUUAUUCUAAUAACAAGUACAAUUGACUCUGCACGACUAAAUUAGUGAACUGCUACUCAUAACCAGUUGCUUCAUCUAUUCAGGGGAACAUCACGAAGAUUGAGAUAGUACAUAGCACCAAAUUCAAGCACUGCUCUCUGGAGAAAUGACAAAAGGGGCAAAGCAAGGGUCACCCACUGAAUAAAACAUAUAAUUGCACUGAUGGGUAAAUAGUCAAGCAAUUGCAGUGCCAUGCUAAGCGGCUGACAGCCGAGUAUGAAUCUUAAUUAAUAACUCGCCAUGCGCUCAGUUGUCUGAUUGACGAUAGGUGAGGAACACAAGCCAACUGUAGCAUGAGGGAAGUGACAGAAGAUCUAGUCAGCAGCUGACACAUUUGAAAUUAUAAGUGGAAAUUACUAGGAACUGUGGUGAAAUUAAUGCAUGGUGGCAGUUGCUAACAGGAAUUAGCCUGGGUGGUGACGACAGAAAUACAGUCCUAAUUUUCUCAUACAGAACAAGGCGUCCUGCUGGAUCGCUGGAGGAUGUAAGGCUAGGCAUACUGACAGAAAAAAAGUUGUUGGAGGGGAGGUGCUGCAAUGACUCAUGAAUCAGGGGUUAUAUAAGUGAGCAAGUGCAUUAAAUGGAUGUAAUUCUAUUUUGGAGAAGCAUGGCUACAAAAGCAAUGCAAGGUGAAAUGGCUACAUUUUCGAAAAAAAGAGAAAAAAAGCUACUUUUGUGGAAAAUUAAAGCAUUAGACGACCUUCGGCUGUACAGAUUGAGAAAGCCAGUGAUAAGUGAUAACUUCAAAACUUACACAAGCAGGAAGGGGAAAUAAAAAAAAAGAAAAAAGAGUGAUGGGAGAUAAAUUAAAUCUUGAGCUAGCUGCACAAAUUGAGAGUCAGCUAAAGUAGACCUCAGCAUGACUGAUUGAAGAACUGGCCAAAUGCGGCAUCCCUUAUGAUCAAAAUAAUGUGAAAAAGGAUUUUGAACACACGGGAGCAGAAGAAGAGAGGAACCACUGACCAACCACAGCUUUAGACCCAACACCUUUAAUGAGACUAAAACACAUGUUUGGCGGUUCUGGCGGCUGACAAUGAUAGAUAGCCUGCUACUUGAUUAAUGGCAUAACAGGCAACCAGAGUCACAGUGCUCCACUUACAAAAUAUGUUCAGUCUUAACAUCCCAAGAAUUGAGCCAAUCAACAAUUUAUGCUCUGGCAACCACACUGGAAUUGACAUCUGCUUUCCAUAACAAGCUUAUUUCAUAUAUGAACCUGGUUAACUGACUAUUUUUUGGUCUGCAGACUGACUUGUUCACCAUUAGUGUCCAGUACAUGUUGGCUCAUCUACUAACUUUGUGUUUAGUCAGCUGAAUGUUAAAGGUGCCCUGUGAAAUCUCCAUUAUUUGGUUUAUUCAGUGUUUUUGCCAAAUAUAAUCAUUAUGUCCUAACAGACAUGUCAAAUGCAUCGCCUACCUCAUAGAACACUUGUAGAGAUUUCAUUAUUGAAUGCUUUUGUUCAGCUUUCCGUCUUGUUUUUCUUUGCAACUACAGAUUGUUGCUUUUUGUUUUCGACCUCCCCAGUUGUCAGUAUGCAUUGCUGCCUCCCAUGCUCUUUACAUGCAUGUACAUGUUGGUAGAGCAUGCAAUACCAACCCUUUAUCAUCAAAACAUUGCUCAACAGCACCUCUAGUGGUCAUAAACUCUGCAGGGUACCUUUAAUGUUGCUGCUCACUUGUGAAAACCUCAGCUUACACUUAUGUCAAGUCAGACAUGUUUUCAAGUAAGGGCUAGGUCUUAACAGACUAGGGCUAACAACAGUUCAGAUUGAGUGAAGUAUGACUGAAAGAGGAUUCAUUCAUUUUAUCCCAUCCACACUGCAAGUGCCAAGAUUCAAAAGGCUUCUGUUUGUCACACGCUCAUACAGUAUGUACAGUGAAAUGAAAAGUGACUGUUCUCAAGGCUGGACUACUGCAGGGACUUCUCCCUCUCUGUUCAUUUAGUGUGAAUUUUUACAUGAGAUAAGACAAAAAAAGAAAAAAAAAUACAUAAAGUAAUAGCAGAUGAGAGGCAAUGUCAUUCCCAUUAACAAACAUGUCUUUGAUUUCAAAAUAAUUCAUUUAUUUAUUUUUAUUUUAGACAGGAGCAGUUAACACUAUAUUCCCAGAAUGUCACUCAUACAUCAUGCAAGGAGAUUUAUCCCAAAUCUGUGCUGCAAUGAGACAAAAGUGAUCACACUAAAUAUGUAUCAGCUGUUUUUGUUGGCCAAGUGAAACAAGAUCUUAAAUCUGUGACAGAUGUUAUCUGGAGCCUAUGCAUUUACUAUUUCCAUCACAGAGUGAAAUGAAAAAUAGAGCUAAUUGUUUUUAAGCUGCCAAAAGUUAUUGUUUACCAGGUAUUUAGUGUUUUGCAGGACUUAUUCUCGGGUAACUGGGAUCUGCAUUUACACCAUCACAACAUACUAAAACUCUCCACUGUAACCAGCACGAUGGAUUCUUUUAACAGCUCUUUUUAAAUGCAGGGCAAGUCACACCUAUCCUUUGACAGAGGAAUCAUUAGGCCUUUAAACUAGGAACUAAUAACCUUAAAACCUGACUGGAUAGUUAAACGGGCAAAUAAAAUAUGAAAAGAAGCUAAAAUUGAAUUGCUGCUUUUACACUUUAUAUUCUGUGGCAGAUUUACAGGGAACACAAGGAGUUUUUUGUUUCAUUUUGUUUUGGGUUUUUCUUUUUCUGAGGGGAAAAGUAUGCCUUUUGUUUAAGUUUGGUGUACCAUAAAAACUUGGACACACUUUCUAUUUUGUCACCUUUUUCUAAUUCAGUUUCUGGUUCAUGAUUGAAUUCAUCUUUGUUAGACCGUGAAAAUUCUGUUAUUUCCUCAAGCCUUUGCGGUCACAUUGAGGACACUGAGUGGGUGCAGCAUGCAUGAGCAGCAGUGUGUUUCCAUGUGCGUUUGGUGAAACACUUUCAAAAAAAAAAAACAACAAAAAAAAACAACAAAAAAAAACCACAGGAUUCAUGGAGUAGUUGUAAACUUUAAAAAAACACAUGGCCUGCAAAAAUCUGUCACUCCUUACUGAGUGCAUUUACAAGGGAAUUCAUAUGCUGAUAUUGUUUUUGCCAGUGACUGAGGCUUGUAAACAUCAUAUCCAUUAGGGUUUCUUUCUGCAAUGUGCCUAAUUUCCGUUUCUGUGUUAGGAUUUUCAAAUAUUCUCUUUAUUUCGUGUCAUAUGGUGUCUGGCUUGUCCUGAAUAAGACUUGAAUUUGGAUUUAUUUGCUUUUCGCUUGUAAUAGCACACAUUUAGAACAGCGUUCACAUCCAAACAGCAGAUGUAAGAUAACAGUCUGAGAAUGCCCCAGGGUUUAAUGACUCCCAUCCGGUGUCACCCUCCUUUAAAAACGUGUGUCCAUCCUUCAUAAAGGGGAAGCUCCGAACCAAUCCAGGUAGCAUUUCUUCAGUCAUUUUCUUUUAAAUCCCAACACCAGUAUGUUUUAAUGAGCCAGUCUAGCAGGGUGAGUAUAAAUCCACACAGUUCGGGACUGAAUACGCUUAAAAAAAACCCUGUUCUAGGGGGAUGCUUCACUUUUGUUCCUGUGUAAAUCUACCCUGACCGUGGUCAACAGUCAGCCUGUGUUGUAGUGUUUGGGGGGCGGGGAGGGGGGAGAGACAGAGAGAUGAACGAGCACUGCGAAUGAAUGUAACGCAACGUGCCAUUUUCUGACCUCAAAUCGCAGCAGAAACAACAACAAUCAAACCUCAGAUUCAUCCUGAGAGGUUUUUGCUGGCAGUCUGCAAACUAAAGGUGGACUUGUUCUUUGAAUGCCAUGUGAAACAGGGGGAACUAUGUGAGCAGGUCUGGCAUUUGUAUUGUAGAUUAUUUGUCACUUGUCUUUCUUUCUGGUUAAAUAGUAAUUACUCUUCUGGAGCACAAUAAAUGAUUUUAAUAUGCUGA